AUGGCAAAGUGCCCGCGCGCCGACUGGAACCAGGAUCUCCUCGAUAUUGCCGAAGAGUACCUGCGUCCAGUCCUCGACAACCUUUGCGACACCGAAUCGAAGGCACUGCAAGAGGAGAUGACCCAACCCGUCGUGGAUUUGCUUGAACAGAUGGGAAGUGACAUCAGGGCUUGCCUGGAUUCAAACCAACACGGCGCAUUCCGCGAGUACUUCGAGAACAUGCAAAAGUAUGAAAAGGACAUUGAGGUUACGCUCAAGUUAGCCUGUAAGAAGUACGGGUCUGAGGUCCAACACAUCGUGUUCAACGCCAUGACGAACAGCAAUACCAACCCUUUCGUCAAGAAGAUGCAAACUAUUUAUGGACUUGCCUAUCACGCAACCAAAACCAAGCAUAACCACAGACUGCACUCCGCGCGCACGCACGUCUUCGAUUCCACUCUUCUAGUACCUAGACUUGGUCCUUAUAUGGGGCUCAAGGAAUACCUCGAGAGCUUGAUUGAAGUUCGGUUGCAAGAGGUGGAAUCUAAGCUUCUCGAGAAAUGCGACACUGUCUUUGGUAACGUUCUGCACGAUUUUGAGAACAUGUGCCCUCGCCGGCCGGAUGAUACAACGGGAGCCACCAAGAGAAGGUAUGCGCUCGGCAAAGUUGUCGAGAAGGCCAAAGCCACUUUCAAUACUGAGGUGAAGUCGAAGCUCCUAGAGUGUGGGCUCAAGGUGCAUUGA